UUAUUUGUUUCCAUGGUUUUGUGACGAAGAAGAGAACAAAGAAGAAGUCAGGUUUUUCUCAAUGGCUUCUCAUAGCUAUUCAACACUUGGGUUUAGUCUCCUUCAAGAGCUAGGAAGCAACGAAAUCAUCAAGAAGAGCCGGGCUUAUCUGGUGAAUCCUGGAGGAAGAAAACAUGACAUAUUACUAGAAAGCUCCUUUAACCUGAAACCACAACUCUUGGAGCUAUUGAAACCUUUUUCUUCUUCGAGUAAGUCUAACCACUUUGUGGAGUUUGAUUCAACCAUGAUGAAGCAUAGGCUCAUGGAUGUUCAUGAAACUGGACCAGACCCUCUGUGUUUAAGCUUGGGGAUCACUGAGAGGUAUGCAAAAAAACAGAAGGUGUUAGAGUUCCUUUUGUCUAGAUCAGAAGAAGAACUCAAAGAAGGAGGAUUCGAUUUGUCUCUGCUAUCUGAAUUGAUGGGUCUGGCGGCUUUGGGAUCAAGUUCUCAGCUACCAUUUGCGACCUCUUCUUAUUUUUACUUGAAUCAAGAAUCUGCAAAGCCGCUUUUGGAUCUCAUGGUGGAUGGUAACAUUCUGUUCUCAAGUAGCAGAGCUGAAUUGAAUGAUUUGGUCUCUACGGCAACUGAGUUUCAUAGGUUAAGGAACUCAACAAGAUGGAGAAAGCUCUCACGGCUUGUCCCUCAGUUUCAGCGAUUCGACAGUGAAGCACCAAUAGACACUUUGCAGCUAUCCGCGGUUAAGCCUGAUGCAGUUAGACUUGCUUCUCUUAAGAGUGCGGAGAAAACUAGGCUUAAGCCUUCACCAAAGAAACAAAAUCCGAAGAUAAGAGAUAAGGAAAAGGACCUCUACGAAAGAAACCGUCUUCAUGCAUUUGAGAGCCUUAUCUCUCUGAUGAUAGGCAAUGAACAACAUAGAAAAACCACAAUGCUAUCUCUAAAGAAAUCACGUGGAGAACUCUUAGAGCUUUUGACUCAGUGUUCAAUUGGCUUUGCUGGAACUGGUAUGGCUGUGCUCUUCUUUCUGGUUUGUAAUGUUGCUUCCAGGCAGGUACCCUUUUGCGCAAACAAAUUCUUCGAAGGUGCACUGAGUUUGAGUUUGGUAUUGCUCUCGUGGUCGAUGAGUAGACUCAGGGAAGCCCUUGUUAAUUUCAAUAGGAAAACAAUCAACGAAGAAGAAAUCUCAAAUAAAGUGGAAAGAAGAAUCAAGGAAGUUUACUUCAGAGCUGCCACAGUUAUUGCCAUGGUUGCACUUAGGUUUGGUUGAAUUGUUGAAAUGCUGAUGAUUUGGAGUCAAGUUUCUAACUCCAUUGAUGGCUUGCUUAAAGGUUAAUUUGUGAAUGUUAGGUUGUUGAUAAAGGGAUUUUGUAGAG